UCACUGCCUCUUUGCCAUGCGCGAGGCAUACACAUGUAAGUUUAAUCCGGGAGGGAUGGGAGUCUUGAAUGAGAGGUUGCCCUCUGAUUGACACACAGAGCUGCUGAGUAUUCACACAACCAGGACAGCUGUUGCUGGGAACUUAUUGUAAAGGAACAGAAUUUUACCUCCUGGAAUAGUUCAUAUCCUCCUGCCUCUGUCUCUUUGUGCUGAUGUCUCCAGUCUCAGAUCUUUGCAGCGCGAGGUGUUAUCUGUAGCACUGAGCUCCAGAUUAAAAGGAAAUUGCAGGACGACUAAAUCUGCCUGUCAGCCUCUGAUUCCUACAGAAAGCGUAAGUGAUACAGACGGAUGAGUCGAGAAUAAGCCAGUCGUUUCUGCAAAGGGAGAUUCAUUAAACUGCUUCACUCUUCAUGGGACGCUAUACUUUUUUUGGAGGGCGCGUCUUCGUCUGUUUUUGUGUCUGUGCCGGGACCGGGACGGUGUUCAUGUGCCUGCAGUCUACAGCGGCCGGUUGUUGUUUUCUGUAGAAGACAGAGCACACAGGCUGAGGCAGUGUUGAAGCAGGACACCCUCUGUAGGAGACAACUCUCCUCGCUCCUCUCCUUUUCUCUGCUGACAUAGCUGCCCACCCUGACACUGACAGCUGUGGGUGUUGGUGUGCUCUGUGCACAGAUAGCUUGACCUGACCAAGAGACUGUCCAGACGUCUUGUCGAGGCAUCUUGUCGUACAGACUGACCCACCACAAGCUCUAACCAGAGCACCGUAAGCCAUUCCAGGUGGCUCCCAGUCCCAGCCAGGAUGCAGGUGUCGUUAGUGUGUACGGAUCACAAUCGUGGAGGCGUGAGCCGCAGCACAGAGGAACGGCUCAACCACCGCCAGAAUGCCAACAGCCCCAACACAGGCACCCGCAGCAAGUUCAGGGCUGUGGCCAUGGUGGCCCGUAGCCUUGGACAGGUCACUGUCCAGAGCCAGCCCACGUCCAGCGACCAGAGCAUACGCACCGGCAUGAAGUAUAGAAACCUUGGGAAGUCUGGCCUGAGGGUGUCCUGCCUUGGACUAGGAACAUGGGUGACGUUCGGAGGGCAGAUAACGGAUGAGAUGGCGGAGCAGCUGUUGUGUCUAGCCUACGAGAACGGCAUCAAUCUGUUUGACACAGCAGAGGUCUACGCCGCAGGGAAGGCUGAGGUUGUGCUGGGGAACGUCAUAAAGAAGAAAGGAUGGAGACGUUCCAGUCUGGUAAUCACAACAAAGAUCUUCUGGGGUGGAAAAGCAGAGACUGAAAGAGGGUUGUCCCGAAAACACAUUAUAGAAGGUUUAAAGGCCUCACUGGAGAGACUGCAGCUAGAGUAUGUGGACGUGGUGUUUGCAAACAGACCGGACCCCAACACUCCCAUGGAAGAGACGGUGCGGGCGAUGACCCAUGUGAUCAACCAGGGCAUGGCCAUGUACUGGGGCACGUCCCGCUGGAGCCCCAUGGAGAUCAUGGAGGCGUACUCUGUGGCGCGGCAGUUCAACCAGAUCCCUCCCAUCUGUGAGCAGGCUGAGUAUCACAUGUUCCAGAGGGAGAAGGUGGAGGUGCAGCUGCCAGAGCUCUUCCAUAAGAUAGGUGUGGGGGCGAUGACAUGGUCACCGCUGGCCUGUGGGAUCAUCUCAGGGAAAUACGACAGUGGGGUACCACCUUACUCCCGCGCCUCUCUUAAGGGCUACCAGUGGUUGAAGGACAAGAUCUUGAGCGAGGAGGGCCGGCGUCAGCAGGCAAAGUUGAAAGAGCUGCAGGCAAUCGCGGAGCGGCUGGGCUGCAGUCUGCCCCAGCUCGCCAUCGCGUGGUGCCUACGGAACGAAGGGGUGAGCUCCGUCCUAUUGGGGGCGUCCAGCACCGACCAGCUGAUGGAGAAUAUAGGAGCAAUACAGGUUCUUCCCAAACUAUCCUCCUCCAUCACGCACGAGGUAGAUAGCAUCCUGGGGAACAAGCCGUACAGUAAAAAGGACUACCGUUCCUAACGCUUCGCCACCGCGCCAGUCAGCCAGGGCUGCUCCAGGGCUGCACCAGGACUGCAGCGCAGGUCCAUGCCCCACCUUUGCCUGAUCCUCUGUUUGCUUGAGCUUUACUGAAUGAGACCCCGGCGCAUGAGUCUGGCCCCACCUCGGCCACCCUGGGGAGCAUCAUUUUUACUUACAGGGAAAAGAAAAGGAUGAUCAAAUAGAUACGUGACCUCCGCAAUGGAAGGAAGGAUAGAUAGAAAAAAUACAGAGAACAGGGGUUAACUAGAUGAAUCUGUUAUACAUACAAUUCAGCCGAAGCUGCAGUUUAAAAACCGAAGAAAAUAUUAUUUCUAAAAAUAAAAAGCACACGCUUGCUUGGCAGACAGAUAUUAUUUUAUUUUUGGGGGAAUAAAAUCUAAAUACUGAAUGCUUACCAAUGGAUUUUAAGUUUUUACAAAUAUACAACAAAUAAUCUGUUGCACAUGUAUAGCAACACAUUUGUUUUUUGGAGUUCUGUUUCCAAUUGCCUGUACAUGUCCAUAACAGUUUCUCUUAAACAUCUGUUUUAUUUGUGUUGUCUACAUAAUCUGUGUACCAGCCUCCUUGCAGGCAGAACAAUCAGCACUUUAGUAUUGUACAGUUCAGUCAUUGAGAGGUUAUUGAACAUGUGAGAGGAUGAAAUAACUAAACCAUCUCACUCAUGGUCAGUCAUUUCAGUGUAGAAUCAGAAUCUUCUCUCCUGUUUCAGUUUCCUAUCUGUUCCCCUCAGUCAAUCUGGUCUCCACAGUGCUGGUUCUGCCAGGCUUGAUCCUGAUGCUCUGACUAACCCCUAGUCUGAGUCCCACCUCUGAGCUGCACUAACUGCACCAGCCAGGUGGAGCAGGGUGUAGGACUGCCCCCUAGUGGAAGGAUUUAGCUCUGCUCUGAGCUCUGAGCUCUGCUCCUCGUGCGCCAGGCCUGUCAUCUGUCAAUAAGAACCUUGAGCAGGCUAGUGUUUGAUUGCCAUAGAAAGGGUUAAUUACUGGCCAUGUAAAUUAUGGCUGUAUCUGUAUUUACCUUUGUGUGGCAGUGUUACUUUCUGAAGUUUUACGGUAACUGCAUCAGACGUAAUGGUCUUAAUUGUGCUACUCAGUCAGUUUUACAGACCUCUUUAUUAGUCAUUUUAGAGCAAAUUCUCGUGAAAAUGGCACAUUACCUAAAUUGUGCUCAAUGUGUGUGUGUGCGUUGCCUUAUUUAGGCUCAUUUUGAGCUGUGCUGGGCUGAGACAGCAGGCCCAUAGUUGCCAUUGGCCAUCAGGGCACAGACUGGUCUUGAGCCCCGUUUAUGCCUCGUUCUGAUAUGAAUCCUUUGUCCUGAUCUUGUCCACAUUCGGAUUGUUCCUACAUUGUCAGACCGGUGUAGAUGGACUAAAAGACGAAUUGUGAUCUUCCUGACCAACUCUGGAGGUAGUCAGGCACGCAUUGUGUCUGGAUAUCUUACAAGUGUAGACAGAUCUGGAAAGAGAAACCAUUUAAAUUAUCAUUAUUCUGCUUUUUAAAAUCAUGACAGGUGACAACAUUGACCUAUGGCAUCAUUAUGUGUUUUAAAAUGAAUACAUAUUAUUUUGAAAUAAUAACUGUCAAAUCAUUUGCAUGCAGAGAGGGACCAGGAAAUCUGCGGACACAGUAGACGGAUAUGAGACACAUUUUAAUACCAUGUGUAGAUCUAUUUCAGAAAAUGUGGACACAAUCAGAUCAUGGACAAGAUCAGCACAAAGGGCGCAAGUUGUGAACAAGACUUGAGACAGUAGUCCCUGGUAUAUGGAAAGACUCAUUGGUUUUAGUGGCAGCUGUUCCUGCCCAAUCAGAGUGAAGACUGACGUGUAACAUAUGCGUGCGAGGCUUACUAGGAAGAAAAGGCUGGUUUGUGACAGCAGCUCAGGGAUUGGAACAGGGAAUGUGUGUACUUGUUUGUAUACCUGGUUAGUAAGAUGUAUUUAAUGUGUACGUCUUUCUUUCAUGUGUGGAUGGGGACAUGUCCAAUGUCCAACCAAGACAUUGUCACGUGGCUUGAGUCAAAGAUAUUCCAACAUCUUUCAGCAACACAUCUAAGUGUCUGUCGCUUGUUGGAAGAGUAUAGCGACCGACUUAAAACGCGUACUAUCUAGCUUAUUAUCUAUGGACUCUCUUCACGUGUACAGCAUAAUCACUUGACCAUACUGUUCUAUGCUUAUACCCACAUAUACAGUACACAUGCAUUGUACACUACUUAUGGAAUGAUCCGUUUAUUUUCAGAUGGCAGAUGAUAAUCAAUACAUUUUCAAUAAUCGUAUACAUUGCACACUGAAGACAUCUGACGCUGCCCUGGAUCAGUAUUCACUCUAGCUGUUGGGUCCUCUUACUGUGAGACAAAGUGGAGAUCAUGUGAUACAUACAUCCUCCAGCAUGAGCCCUCGUCCCCCAGCCUAUGGGGAUUAUUCUGACAAGCAAGGGCAUGCUUACAAGUGGAAAUAUACGGAAUACUCGCUAACAUCUCAUUCUCAGAUUCAAUGAUUACAGUUGUAUAGUACGGUAGUGUCAGUGAGUAUGACUAAAUGUAAUGGUGGGUGAGGUUUGGAUGCUUCUCAGGCAAAGUGAACAGGUGUGUAUGCUUUGCUAGAUCCUCUGGUCAGACAACAAAUACUUGGCAUAGUGGAAACAAAUGCUCCUUUGUUUUUAGCAUCUAUGAGUUAAAUAUAAACUGUACAUUUGAUUUGCUGUGUCUGGCAAUGUAUGUCUGAGUGAAUUAGUAGAAAAGGCCAAUGUGGUUUUCUCAAUAAAAUAGAACUCUCAGUUUAAUAUUUGUUCAUGAUUUUCUGUCUUAUUGUCUUCAGCAGGGAAAUGACUGUAAAACAUUCAGCACAAAUGUUUAAUAAAUAAAAUAGCUCAAAGGCAUUGCCACAACAAUGAGUGUUUUCCAUGGAUGUAUUUUGGUGGUCUUUGUCACAAUAUCAAUUCAAUUUGACAUGUACAUGCACAGAGCUGUGCACUGAUUUGCCUGGUGAUAAUUGUGAUGGUGUUGAGUGCAACUCUAGGCUGCCCUGUAGAGGGUGAUGAGAACCACAGAGCUCAUCAAUUUUCUGGCUUGCUCCUUACUGGCAUAUUGGUCUAGGAAAGCAGUAUGAGUACUAGUAAAGCACAAUGGGUUUUUAUUAGCAGAAUUUGAUCUGAAUAUAGUAAUAUCCUACUAAAGGUUGUUGUCCCUGCUGUGUUUGACUUUAAACAGCAUUGAUACACCACACAUGAUGAACUACUGUCCGUAUAGAUUGGCUGCAUUGUGUUCACAGUAGAACUGGCACUCCUUGGGCUGCUCCUACCAUCUCCUGGUCAAUUCAAGCCUUUUCAGGAGUACCUGCUUGUCACCCUUGGUGAUCUAGGACCUCUGUGUGUGUGGUGUGUGUGUGUGUGUGUGUGUGUGUGUGUGUGUGUGUAAGUCGGGCUGUUUAGUGAGUAGACUCAUCAUUGCACGGUUAGGGUCUCUGUUCCAGUGUGUUUUGAUCUGUCCAGUGCUCCCUCCACACAGCCACUGUAACAUAUAGUAUUGAUGUUACUAUCAGCUCAGACCGCUAUGACAUUAGACCUGCAGAUAAAUGACGCUCAUCUCACAGAAUGCUGUAUGUUAGAGAUCAUUUGUUUAUGUUCUGGCCUUUAAAGCUGAGGAUUUUUAUUUUUUUCACCAUGCUGCAUUUUCCUCUGUUAAUAUUGUAUCAAUGUAAAGAUUGACAAAAAUAAGCAAUUUAUUUGUAUUGUGUAUGCAUUGUCAUAUCUCUUGUAUGUACAUAGUUUGACCUUUUUGUAUAUAGUUAUGGUUGUGAUCACCUCUGCCUUUUCAUUCUUUUUUAUUUUCAUUUGCGGGCAUUGCUAACUGCACUGUGCUUGAAUCUGAAUUUAGACAAAAUGUACAGGUUUGGUCUUUAAUAAAAUGACAAUGGAAAAAAUAUGAAUUUGAAAAACAACA